GUCAUAGGAAUCUAAAUCUUCCAGAUUAAAGGGAAAUGAAUAUCAUCGUUUUUCAUGUUGAUGCAUAAGUUUCCCUGAUGUUUCCUUGGAGUCAUAGAAGAAUUUGGUCACAUAUUUUACCAUCAGACUAAAAGAAUGGACAUUACCAGUUUGUCCUGUGGAAGUCGGCUUUCAGAGGACCAAGUCUACAAUCAGGGAGAAGAAACAGAGGGAGAAAGCACACUGGUUGAUUGCCUGAAAAACUGUAGCAAGGAUGAGGCUAUGGAUUUCACUCAAGAGGAGUGGACUACAAAGGAUCCAACUGAGAACAACAUGCCUAGUGAUGAGACAGUGGGAGACUACAAAAACCUGGCCACUGUGGGAUGUCAGACACUAAUCAAACCUAGUACUUUGAUUUGCUUGAAAGAAGAAUUGGUGACCACACAGAGAGGAGGAGUUCCUCAAGAAUUGGAAAAGCAAUUACAAACCAAAGAUUUAGCACUAGAGCAGGAUUUUUUGACAAGACAUACCUUCAUGGAGACACAGCAGGUGGAUGCAGUGACCUUUGAAGAUGUGGCUGUGGACUUUACCCAGGAAGAAUGGACAUCACUGGAUUCAGUUCAGAGAAACCUCUACAGAGAUGUGAUGCUGGAGAACUACCAGAACCUGACCACAGUGGGAGGUCAGCUGUUGAAACCCAGUUUGAUCUCUUGGUUGGAGCAGAAAGUAGAGUUGACAGUAAUGGAGCAAGGAAUUCUCCAAGAAUGGGAAAUGCACCUUAAGACAAAAAAGACAGCACUUCAGCAGGAUAUAUUUUCAUCAGAUAUGUCAAAUGGAAUGCAACUGGGAAGAGAGAAAGGAGGCCAGCUCAGUGACUCUAUACAAGUUGGAACGGUUUUUAGUGAAGAUUCCUGCCCUCAGACUCACAUUAGUACUCCAAAUACAGAGAACACUUCAGAGUGUAAUGUGUAUGGAAAAGACUUUCUGCCACCACUUAAAGAAACUUCUACUGAAGAGAACAAUUUUCAGUUGAACCCGUGUGUAAAACCGUUCACUUUGACUCCAGAUGUUACCCAGAGAAUGUGCCCUCUGGAAAAAUCCACUGAAUGCAGUGACUGUGGGAAAACUCUGGGCAAUCAGCUAGAACUUGAGGCGCAUAGUUCUUCUCAUAGUGAAGAGAAUCUCCACAAAUCAGAGCAGUGUGGGCAAACUCUUACUCGUCCUGUAAGCCAUGAUGGGCAAGUUGUGCUUCCCACUGGAAAAAAGUACUAUGAAUGUAAGAAAUGUGAAAAAUUCUUUACACAUCCUGUGUAUCUUAAUCUCCAUAUGCAAAGCCACACUGUGGAGAAACCCUAUGACUGUAAGGAAUGUGGGAAAGCCUUCGCUGAGCGCUCAAGCUUAAUUGUACAUCUACGACAACACACUCGAGAGAAGUCUUAUGAGUGUAAGGAAUGUGGGAAAACCUUUAUUCAACCCUCACGCCUUACAGAACAUAUGAGAAGUCAUACCGGAGAGAAGCCGUAUCAGUGUGACCAGUGUGGGAAUGCUUUUGCAUCUUCCUCUUACCUUACUACACAUUUGAGAACUCAUACUGGAGAGAAGCCCUUUGAGUGUAACAUAUGUGGGAAGGCAUUUACACGUUCCUCUUACCUGCUGGGUCACAUACGAACUCAUACAGGUGAAAAGCCCUAUGAGUGUAAAGUAUGUGGGAAAGCAUUUAGUGGCCGUUCUUGGCUUACGAUACACUUACGAAAACAUACUGGAGAGAGGCCCUAUCCAUGCACAGAAUGUGAGAAAGCCUUCACCAGCUUUGCUCAACUAACUGAACAUAUAAAAACCCACACUGGGGAGAAGCCCUUUCGGUGUAAGGUAUGUGCAAGGACCUUUAGAAAUUCCUCAUGCCUUAAAACCCACUUUCGUAUUCACACUGGAAUAAAACCAUACAAAUGUAAUUACUGUGGGAAAGACUUCACAGCACGUUCAGGCCUUACUAAGCAUGUGCUAAUUCACAAUGGGGAGAAGCCCUAUGAGUGUAAGGAGUGUGGGAAAGCCUUCAGUACAUCCUCUGGCCUUGUUGAACAUAUAAGAAUUCAUACAGGAGAGAAGCCGUUUGAGUGUUAUCAGUGUGGGAAAGCCUUGGCUCAUUCCUCAUCUCUUGUUGGACAUUUAAGAACUCACACUGGAGAGAAACCCUUUGAGUGUAACCAGUGUGACAAAACCUUUACACGGUCCUCUUAUCUUCGCAUUCAUAUGCGAACUCACACCGGAGAGAAACCAUAUGAAUGUAAAGAGUGUGGGAAAACUUUCCCUGAGCGCUCAUGCCUUACUAAACACAUAAGAACACAUACUGGUGAAAGGCCCUAUGAAUGUAAGGAAUGUGGGAAAGGCUUUAUUAGCUUUGCUCAACUUACUGUACACAUAAAAACUCACAGUUCUGAGAGACCUUUUCAGUGUAAGGUGUGUACAAAAUCCUUUAGAAACUCUUCAUCCCUUGAGACCCACUUUCGAAUUCACACUGGAGUAAAACCGUAUAAAUGCACUUACUGCGGGAAAGACUUCACUGCUCGUUCAGGCCUUACUAUACAUUUACGGAACCACACUGGGGAGAAGUCCUAUGCGUGCCAAGAGUGUGGAAAAGCCUUUAGCACUUCCUCAGGCCUUAUUGCACAUAUACGAAGUCACAAAGGAGAGAAGCCCUUCGAAUGCGACCACUGUGGGAAAGCCUUUGCUUCUUCCUCAUAUCUUAAUGUACAUUUGAAAAUUCACACUGGAGAGAAGCCCUUUCAGUGUACAGUAUGUGGGAAGACAUUUACAUGUUCUUCUUACCUUCCUGUUCACAUGCGGACUCACACUGGAGAGAAGCCCUUUCAGUGUAUAAUAUGUGGAAAGUCAUUUUUGUGGUCCUCAUACCUUCGAGUUCACAUGCGAAUUCACACUGGAGAGAAGCCCUACGUGUGUCAGUACUGUGGAAAAGCCUUCACAGAGCACUCAGGCCUUAACAAACAUUUACGGAAACACACAGGAGAGAAACCAUAUGAAUAUAAGGAAUGUGGGGAAGCCUUCACCACUACUGCUGAUGCUAACGAACAUGAGAACCCCCACUGGGGGGAGAGCCUUGGAGUGUAAGGAAUCGGAAAAUUGGAAGCCCUUGACAUCCUUUGCAAUCAGAACUCAGUUUAUACAAAUCUUACUAAUACAAUAAGCAAAGUAUAAAAACAUUCAGUUGUUGCUAUUUGCUGUAAGAAACAACUCAUUCUGAGGAUGCUCUGAGUUUAAGGAUUGUGGGAGAGAUCAAAAUCUCAUGAUCUAUGAAUUCAAGGUUUGUAGUAUAGGAAACAAAAAUCUUUAGUGUUUCCAUGUGUAUUAAUGCAAGCAAGACAUGUAGAAAUGUCAUAGAUUUUAACUUUUCUUUGUUCACUUACGAUCUCACAGUUGAGAAAGUUCUUACUGCAGUUUGGGAAGUAACUUUUUAUAUUGACUUUAUAUAGUAUUUACAGACUGAACAUGUGUGUACAUACAUUACUACAUGUAUGUAAUAGGGGAUUUCUUUCAGUGUCUUGAAGUCUUGGAUGGGUAACACACAGAUUUCCUGGGUGCUUCUAGAUGAACUUGGAAUGCUUCUACAUUUGUGUAUUUUUAUGACGUCUAUUAUAUGUUUUCUUUUUUAUAGGUUUUCUUUUAAAAAAUAUUCCUGUUUGAUAUGAUUGAAACUAUUGUUUAUACCUAGUGUUUAUUAUGUUUCAUGUCAGCAUUGUGAGGUAAUGAACACAAACUCCUAUCUAUCCUAUCUACUCACUCACUGAUUGUUAGUUUGUUAUCAUGUACCCCGUAUGCACUGUCUGUUUCUCUCCCCUUUGUC